AUGUUUCAAUCCAAACCUCGCAUCCUCUUCUUCAACCCCGAGCUGGUGGCCAAUCCCGAAGUGGUCACUAGUACCUCGCGAGAUCAGUUCUUCAACGACUUGCGCAGCCAGUAUCAGGACACUGAAGCCAUUUUUAGAACGUCUUCCAAGUUCGUGAACCAACUGCCUACGUCUUUGAAGUACAUCUGCCAUACUGGCGCCGGACACGAUCAGAUUGACGUCGAUGUCUGCACGCGGCGCAACAUCAUUGUCACUUAUGCCCCAGACCCAGUUACGUCGGCCACUGCCGAGCUGACUAUUUUCCUUCCCCUCGAAGCAAUCCGCCAGUUGAAUCCCUCUUUUAAUAGUCUAAGGAGCGGCAACUUCAAAAAGGGCCUCGACUUUGGUCAUGAUUUUCAAGGUAAGACAUUGGGGAUUCUCGGCAUGGGUCGCAUUGGCCGUGCAGUCAAGCGCCGUGCCGAGCCUUUCGGGCUCAAAACAAUCUAUCACAACCGGAAGCCGCUGUCGAAUAAUCUCGCUGCAGUCUGUCAAUAUGUUUCCUUCGAUGAACUUCUCAGCACCAGCGACAUUAUCUCUGUCCAUGUCCCGCUGUCAGCCGGUACUACGCACCUGAUCGGAGCCGCAGAGAUUGCCAAGAUGAAGCCAAGUGUAGUCUUGAUCAAUACCGCCCGUGGUGCUGUCAUUGACGACGCAGCCAUGGCCGCCGCCCUGGAUGAGGGCCACAUCACCGCGGUUGGGCUCGAUGUCUACGAAAAGGAGCCACUGGUUGACGAGCGACUUGUGAAGAACGAAAGAGCCUUGCUCGUGCCUCACCUGGGAACUCACACCGUUGAGACACUCGGUCAGACGGAGUCACUCGCCAUGGAAAACGCGCGCCGCGGCGUUUCGAAGGAGAGGCUGUUGACGGUCGUUCCUGAGCAGGACGAGGCCUAUGAGCAAUCCGCAUAG